CAACUCCAAUCCUAUUUUCUUCCUCAAAAAAUGUCUUCUCCUUUUGUCUUCCCUGAAACACAAUCCACAGUUCUCCCUGACCCUUCAACCUACUUCUCCCCAAACCUACUUUCUUCUCCGCUCCCCACAAGCUCUUUUUUCCAAAAUUUCGUUAUUCCAAACGGGUCACAACCUGAGUACAUUCACCCUUAUCUCAUCAAAACCUCAAACACAUCACUUUCUGCCUCAUACCCUUUACUCAUCUUCACUGCAGCAGUGUUGUACCAAGCUUUUGUGCCAGAUCUCACUAUCUCUUCCACUCAAACACAAACAAAAGAACAAAACCGUGUAGUUUCAUCCCACAGUGACCUUGGUGUCACUUUGGACAUUCCCUCUUCCAACUUAAGGUUCUUUCUUUCAAGAGGAAGUCCUUUCAUAACUGCUUCUGUGACAUCUCCAACGUCUCUCUCCAUCACAACCAAUCACACCAUAGCCUCUUUAUCUUCCAAUGAUAACAAAACCAAGCACACCCUUAGGCUCAACAACACUCAAACAUGGCUCAUAUACACCUCUUCCCCAAUCAAUUUGAACCAUGAUGAUGGUGCUUCCGAGGUUACAUCCAAACCAUUUUAUGGUACAAUUCGUCUAGCAGUGUUGCCUGAUUCCAAAUAUGAGGCAACUCUCGACAAGUUCAGCUCUAGCUACCCUUUAUCCGGUGAUGCAACAUUUGAGAAUUCGAAGCCUUUUCGUUUGGUGUAUCAAUGGCAAAAGAAAGGGUCUGAGAAUCUUCUCAUGUUAGCUCACCCUCUUCAUGUUAAGCUUUUAUCAAAGUACAACAAUGCUGGUGUCACUGUGCUUCAUGAUUUUAAGUAUAGAAGCAUCGAUGGUGAUCUUGUUGGUGUUGUUGGGGACUCAUGGGUAUUGGAAAUGGAUCCUAUUCCUGUGACAUGGUAUUCUAACAAGGGUGUGAAUGAUGGUUCACGUGAUGAGAUUGUGUCAGCGCUUGUUAAGGAUGUGGAAGCGUUGAACUCUUCAGCAAUAACAACAAAAUCGUCUUAUUUCUAUGGGAAGCAAGUUGGUAGGGCUGCGAGGUUGGCAUUGAUAGCGGAAGAAGUGUCUUUUUCCAAAGUGGUUCCCACAAUUAAGAAGUUUUUGAAAGAGACCAUUGACCCUUGGUUGGAUGGAACUUUCAAAGGGAAUGGUUUUCUAUAUGAAAAAAAAUGGGGUGGACUAGUAACCAAACUAGGGUCAACUGAUUCAACAGCUGAUUUUGGGUUUGGUGUUUACAAUGAUCACCACUUUCAUUUGGGUUACUUUCUUUAUGGAAUUGCGGUUCUAGCAAAGAUUGACCCUGAGUGGGGGCAAAAGUACAAGCCACAAGCUUAUUCACUUGUGACAGAUUUUAUGAACUUAGACCAAAAGUAUAGCACAAUUUAUCCACGUCUAAGGUGUUUUGACCUUUACAAGCUACACUCCUGGGCUUCAGGGGUGACCGAAUUUGAAGAUGGAAGGAAUCAAGAAAGUACAAGUGAGGCCGUGAAUGCGUACUAUUCGGCAGCAUUGGUGGGUCUAGCAUAUGAUGACUCAAGUCUUGUGGCCACAGGGUCAACGCUAGUGGCAUUGGAGAUUCUUGCUGCACAAACUUGGUGGCAUGUGAAAGUGGGAGAAAACUUGUACCAAGAGGAAUUUGCACAAGAUAAUAGGAUAGUGGGCAUUUUGUGGGCCAACAAGAGGGAUAGUAAGCUUUGGUGGGCCACUGCUGAGUGUAGAGAGUGUAGGCUUGGGAUCCAAGUGUUACCCUUGCUGCCUAUCACUGAGACCUUGUUCUCUGAUGCUGUUUAUGUUAAGGAGCUUGUGGAAUGGACCAUGCCCUAUUUGAGUAAUGAAGGGUGGAAGGGCAUGACCUAUGCCUUGCAAGGGAUUUAUGAUAAGGAAACAGCAUUGGAUGAGAUAAGAAAGUUGAAAGGUUUUGAUGAUGGCAACUCUUACACUAAUCUCUUGUGGUGGAUUCACAGCAGAUGAGGAAAGUUUUUGGACAAAAAAUGGUUGAAGUCCAAGGAGUGUAUAAUGUUUGAUUUCAAUUUGUAAUUGCCAGUGUUUUAAUUUGCAGUGAUUUAUGAAAUUUUGUAUCUCAUAUUAUGUGAAAUUGAUCAGUCUUCUGAUUUUUAAGAAUUUAAUAAAAUUGGCUGUUUAAUUACC